CAUUUUGUUAGGAUCAACUGUGGUCGUCCAGGAUUAGAGUCUGCGCGUCAGAUAGGGGGAGGGGACUGAGGAGGAGUUAGAGAGGGAAAGAUGGUUAAAUUUCUCAAACCAAAUAAGGCAGUGAUUAUCCUUCAGGGCCGGUAUGCCGGCCGGAAGGCUGUUAUUGUCAAGAAUUUUGACGAUGGCACUCGCGACCGUGCAUACGGCCACUGUUUGGUUGCAGGGAUAAAGAAAUACCCGGCGAAGGUCAUCAGGAAGGAUUCAGCCAAGAAGACGGCGAAGAAGUCACGAGUCAAGUGCUUCGUCAAGCUCGUCAACUACCAGCACUUGAUGCCUACCCGUUACACCCUGGAUUUGGAUUUGAAGGACAUUGUGACCAUCGAUUCUUUGCAGAGCAAGGACAAGAAGGUCUCAGCUUGCAAGGAGACCAAGGCCAAGUUCGAAGAACGAUUCAAGACCGGCAAGAACAGGUGGUUUUUUACCAAGCUUAGGUUUUGAAAGGUUUUGUUACUGGUAGUUUUUGUUGGAUCUGACGUCUUUUGAAACGAUGAGUUCAAAAGAACAGUUUUUGUUACCGUUUUGAUGAGACAUUUAUUUCUUUGAUUAUAUGUAAUAGUUGAUUUGAGAUUGGAGGUCAUGGUUGUUAAAACUAUUUUGGAUCUAUAUC